AUGAAGGAUGUGAAACUCGUCUCUAGCAUGGGAUCUUUGGCGUUAGUUGUUAAAGGCAAGCAAAUAGCUGAAGAAGAUUUCGAUUCCGAUUUCUUGGAUAGUGAACUUACGAAGGAAGAGUAUGCUCUAUCGGGAAACUACAGUUCAGAAAAGCCAAGAUACGAGAGCUUUAAGAACUCUCAAAAGGAUGAGGAGAAGCAAGAAAAGAAGCCAUUGGGUGAUUCUGGAUACGAUUGCAAUUACUAUCAGGCAAAGAAUGACUUUGCCAAGGAAUGUAUGCUCAGGAGGAUGAAUGAGAAGAAAGAAACAGAAAAGGAUGAAGCCUACUAUCUUCAGAAGAUAGAAGAGCUUAGGAACAAGAGUGCAAUGGAGAAAAGUGCACCAGAGAUUGACUCCCCAUCAUCAAUUCCAGUUUCUACCGAACAUGUAGUGAGUUCACCUCCAUUUGAUUCUAGUAAUGUUUCUAAACCUCAUCUAGAAUCUAAGAAAAAAUCAAGAAAAAAAUCAGAUGUUUGGCAGCAUUUUGUUAACAACAAUGACGAUCCAAAGGCUCCUAGGGUUGUAUGUAAGCUUUGUGAUAAGUCUUAUGCUGGUGGUGACAGAGCAUAUGGAACAAGUACCCUUAGGAAUCAUUUGCUUAAUCAGUGCCCACACGAAAAUUCACUCAGAAUGGAAGAUAAAAAACAAAAAACUUUGAUUUUCCAGAAGAAGUUGUGUGGGGCUAAGAGUGGAAGUGUUGAAGGAACUAAUUUAAAGGCUGUUGGGUUUAGCCAAUCUGAUUGUAGGCUUGCAUGUGUUAAGAUGAUUAUCCUUGAUGAAUUGUCAUUUAGAUUUGUAGAGCAAGAAGGCUUUAAGUUAUUUUGUAGUGUCGCAUGCCCCAGGUUCGAUAUACCAUCACGCACCACAGUUUCAAGGGAUAUCAAGAAUUUAUAUCGUGAUGAGAAGAAAAAAUUAAAGAAUUACUUUCUUAAACAUUCACAAAGAGUUUCUUUGACCACUGAUACAUGGACUUCUAUUCAAAAUGUUUGCUAUAUGGUGUUGACAGCACACUUUAUAGAUCAUGAAUGGAAAAUGCAAAAAAGGAUUUUGAAUUUUUGUCAAAUUCCUAAUCACAAAGGAGAAACGAUAGGAAAAGCAAUUGAGAUGUGCUUAAAGGAGUGGGGUAUCGAGAAAGUAUUUGCCAUAACGGUUGAUAAUGCAUCCUCUAAUAAUGUGGCUAUUAGUCACAUCAAGAAACGAUUGCAAAUAUGGAAGACUGCGAUUUGUAAUGGAGAGUUUGUGCACAUGAGGUGUUCAGCACAUAUUCUUAACUUAGUUGUAGGUGAUGGGUUGAAAGAAUUAAAUGCUUCUAUAGUUGCGGUUCGUAAUGCGGUUAGAUAUAUCAGAGCAUCUCCAGCUAGAUUAGGAAGUUUUCAGAAUUGUGUGAAGAGUACUUGUAAAGAAGAUAAGGCUAUUAUCUGUUUGGACGUAUCAACAAGGUGGAACUCAACCUUUUUAAUGUUGGAUAGGGCAAUAAAGUAUUUAGAUGCUUUCAAGUUGCUAGAAGAAGAAGAUGAACAUUAUGUGAAAUAUUUUAGUGAUAAAGAUCAAAAUGGAAGGAGUUUAAUAGGACCACCAGUUUCUAAAGAUUGGGAUAACUGUGCCAUCUUUUGUAAGUUUUUGAAAAUAUUUUACGAAGCUACUCUCAAGUUUAGUGCCUCUUUAUUUGUUACUGCAAAUUCUUAUUUUCAUGAAAUAUGUACUGUACGUGGGAGAAUAUUGAAAUUAUGUGCUAGUGACCAGUCAAUCUUGAAAGAUAUGGCUUCUAAGAUGAAGACUAAAUUCGACAAGUAUUGGGGCUGUGUGGAAAAACAAAAUGUGCUUCUUUAUGUGGCUGUUAUUCUUGAUCCUCGGUAUAAGAUGAAAUUUGUGAUAUUGUGUUUGAAAAAGCUAUAUAGUUUAAAAGAAGUAGACACAAUAACCGCUUCUGUGAAUUGUUGUUUGUUAAAGUUGUUCUCUCACUAUGCGGAUGAAUUUAAACUGAGAAAUCCAGAAGUUGGCGUAACGCAAAGCGGGUCAUCUAUUCCAGAAAAAUGUUCAACGUUGAAUAACUUCAUGGUUGAAGACGAUGAUGACGAUUCAUUUAAUAUGUUUGAGAGCGAAUUUGAAAAGGAGUGUGAGAAAGAUGGGGCAUUUGAUACAUCAAACGAGCUUGAUAGGUAUUUGGAAGAACGGAAUGAUGGGGAGAGAAAAAAUAAAGAUUUUGAUAUACUGGAAUGGUGGAAAAUAUCUUCAUCUAAAUAUCCUAUAUUGGCAAUGAUGGCUCGCGAUGUUCUCGCCAUUCAAGUUUCAACCGUAGCAUCCGAGUCAGCUUUUAGUACAGGAGGAAGGGUGCUUGAUUCGUUCCGAAGCUCUUUGAAUCCUAGCAUGGUGCAAGCUUUGAUAUGCUGUCAAAAUUGGUUAAGAACUUCAACUUUGGCAUUAGACAUGGGUUCACUACUAGAGGAUAUAGAUGCGUAUGAAUAUGCUGAUUCAGAUAAUGUAAGUGAAGUUGUUGAUCUGGAUUAA